AUGACGACUCGACGAGUGAUCAGCCGCGAGUCACGACAGUGUUCGCAGAUCCGGCCGUUCCUCUACGUCGGCGGACUGGCAGCGCUGUCGCCGAGGACGCUUUCACGAUUCUGUACAACCAUUAAUCUGAUUCCUGGAUUUCGCAUCACAGCCCCCGGACAUAUGAAAGUGCUGCACAUCCCUCUACUAGAUGACGAGUCGACUGAUUUGUCGCCCUAUUUUACUAUCGUUUUCAAGGAAAUCGACAGCGUAAGGAAGUCGCUCGGCCGAGUCCUGUUGCUUUGCGCUAUGGGCAUUUCUCGUUCAGCCACAUUUGCUAUUUCCUACUUGAUGUGCAUUGAAAAAAUGUCUUUGUAUGACGCCUACAAGCAUGUGCAGUACUGCCGCAACAUUAUCUGUCCGAAUGUUGGUUUCUUCCAGCAGAUGAUUGAUCUCGAGCAAAAGUUGUAUGGCAAAAAAACAGUGCAGAUCAUCGAACCAAUUCAAGGCGUGAAAGUUGCUGAUGUGGUAUGGAACGAGUUGUAUCAGGAUAUGAUGGAGCGCCUGAGCCAGACUGACCGACAGUCCGUACGCUCCCUCAAUUCGCCACCUGAUUCGGCUCGUCAACAGGACACACGGUCACUUCGCUCGCUGAAUCUAGUCGGAGAAGGAAAUGUGGAUGACAUAACCAAGUAG